AUGAAGUUAUUAAAGUUCCACCUUCGGUAUCAUCCUCCUGGCAUCGUGUUGGAGUAUCUUCAGAAGGGGAUUGUGAAAAAUAAGGACAUUGAUCUCUUGGAUCUGAAUAGCAAAUCAGACACGAAAGCAGUCGCAAACGAACUGUACCAAAAAGAACUCCUGAUAACGGAAGACGUUCGUGAGCAGUUGGAGCAAUGUCUGGAGACGCUGAAGAAGAGGAUCGAGCACGAGGGACCCACGGGGAAGAGGUUCUACAUCUACAAGACCCUACACACACACGUCCUGCCUCUCACUAACGUUUGUUUUGAUAAGACUGGACAACGAUGCCUCUCAGGAAGCUAUGACAGAACAUGCAAAAUAUGGGACGUUGAUUCGGGGAAGGAAUUAAAGACUUUAUCUGGCCACCAAAACGUUGUCUACGCUGUUGGAUUUAAUUUCCCCUCGUGUAACAGAGUUCUGACGGGUUCCUUCGACAAAACAGCUAAAAUCUGGAAUGCGGAGACAGGGGAGUGUCUCGCUACUUUGUGGGGCCACACGGGGGAGGUGGUUGCCGCUCAGUUCAACUCGAAAGGAGACUAUGUAGGAACCGGAUCUAUGGACCAUCUUGCCAAAUUAUAUGAUUCUGGAACAGGCGCAGAGAUUCAGACUUAUACUGGACAUACGGCAGAGGUAAUUGCUUUACAAUUCGAUCCCAAUGAAGGACAAAAACUAAUCACUGGCUCUUUUGAUGGGACGAUAUCCCUGUGGGAUACGAGAGUUAGAGAUCGUGUGGGGGUACUCCGAGGUCAUUCCGGUGAGAUAUCUAGCGUGCAGUACAACUGGGACAGCACCCUCGUGGGGUCUGCCUCCUUGGACGGCAGCGCUCGGCUGUGGGACGCGAGGCAGAACACCUGCCUGGCGACUGUGGCCUCGCACUCUGAUGAAGUCCUGGACAUCUGUUUCGACUGGGCCGGUCAACGCAUGGCCACUUCAUCCAGCGACUGUUCAGCUCGCGUGUACGAUGUACGAGCUGAGUUUAAGGAACUGGCUGUCAUGAGGGGCCAUAGAGAGGAAGUGUCGAAGGUGUGUUUCAGUCCAGCUGGUGGCUGCCUGCUCACGUCCUCCGCUGACCGGAGUGCGCGCAUCUGGAACACUAACACCGGGAACUGCCUCCAGGUUUUAUCCGGUCACCAGGGUGAGAUCUUCUCGUGUGCCUUCUCGUACGCUGGUGACGCGAUCGUGACCGCCUCCAAAGAUAACACAUGCAGGAUCUGGAGGUGA